CACACUCCGACUGCAUAUAUACUCCACCGCCUACUCCCAAAUCCCCAUAUGCAAUGGCCGAUCAGAGCCGGCCAGUCACCGGCUACCCUGCUCCACCUGCUUCCAACGGCUAUCCGACCACCGCUCCCACAGCAUACCCUUACGUUGCGCAGCCACGUCCGAAUCAGGGCUCAUACUUCAAUGUUUCUGGGCCUUACUACUCCGAUCCAUAUGCCACCCAACAACGCGCCACCUUCAUCCGCCGUAUCUUCGCCAUCAUUAUCGCUUGCGUUAUCAUCAUCGGGACCAUCGUCUUCAUUAUGUGGCUCGUCCUCCGUCCUCAAGUCCCUCAGUUCCGUGUCGACAGCCUAACCCUCUCUAACUUCAAUCUGUCAUCUAACUCACUGAUUUCCGGGAAUUGGGAUGCCCGUUUAACCGUGCGUAAUCCUAACUCCAAGAUUGUUCUCUACUACGAUCACAUCGAGGCUGCCGUCUUUUACAAAUCCGAAUCGAUUUCGGAGACCACGGUGCCGCCUUUCGUCCAGGGAAAAAAGAACGAGACAGCUGUUCGGGCAACGUUCGCUUCCUUGUCGGCGUAUGUAGAGGAUCGGAAUGGUAUCAAUGACGAGAGGGCUCGUGGGACGGUUUAUUUCAAUUUGAGGAUGGUGGCUAGGGUUCGGUUUAAGGCUGGUGCUUGGUGGGCUAGACGGCGGAUCUUGAAGAUCUAUUGCCCUAGUUUACCGGUUGGAGUUUCUGCCAAUAGUUCAGCUGGAUCUUUGGAUGGUGGCUCCAAAAACUGCAGGGUCGGUCUCUGACUGAUGUUAUGGAUAGGAGAUUAGUGUUAGUAGUCCAGUGAGAACUCGUAAACAAUGUCAAGGUCAAGUCAAGUCAGUGGGUACCCGUAUGCGUGCUUCUUUGCUUACUAAGAACUCUUCUUUUGAGCUGCAAUAGAUAAAAGAUUUUGGGAGGCCGUCACAAAGGAUCACUUCUUUCAUCUAGUCAUCUUAAUCUUGAUGAACUCAAAAUCUUCACCCCCUCCCCUUACGCAUACUUAUGGCACUCCGAGGCUAUGUCCAGGAAACAUGAAGGCCCUCUAUGCAAUGAUGAACUUAUGGAGAGAUGUGUGAUUUGAAUGUAAAAUGUGAUCUAGAGUAUUAGGUAAAUGCUUACGGUUGAUGCAAGUAAUUAACUAGAAAUUGUAGUUGGUUCUGACCUGUUUUUGUUUGACAUAAUCAUAAUCUGUGUGUGUAAAGUUGUCGGUUGAAAAAAUAUGAGGCUUUAUUGUUUAUCAUGCAUGGAAGCACUAAUUGACAUCCAUUAUAACUCGAAAGAGUCUCAUCUGUGAUAAACCAUAAUCUGCACCCUGAUCCAAUUACUAUGUUGAAGAAUUUGUUCAAUCAGAAAGAUAUUGAAGAUGUCUAGGGAUGUCAUGAUGGUUACUAGCAAACCCUGUGCCAGAAUUUAAUAAUUUAUCUGCCUUUAUUGAAUGCCAUGAUCUGCUUCUUGGGGUUUCACCUUUUUUAGGAAGUUCUGAAAUUUAAAUACUCCCUCGACCCCAAUUAAGUGUUCACAUUUCUAUUUAAGGGACCAG